CGCCCGGGGGCCGGGGUGGGGGCCCGCCGGCGAGGUCGGCUGGGACCGUAGGGGGGUCACCGCGGGUCGCGAGGGGCCGGCGGCCUGCCCCGCCUCCCCGGGGGCAGCGGAGCCCGUCCUGUCCCGGCGCGGGCCGCGGAAGGAGGGCUAGCUCGGGCGCCUGCCAGGCCCUGCAGGUGGCCGGGUCGCAGGCUGGCCGCGGCAGCGGAGCGGUAACCUUACCCCCUGGCGACAGCAGCUGCUCUUGAGGCCGGGGCACCCCGUGGCCCAAGGGGCCGGGUUUCUGGCAGCCGAGGCCUCCUGGAGGCGCAUCUCGGGCCGGGGUCCGUGAGGAGUGGCUGAUAUGGCUCGUGGACAGCAGAAGAUUCAGUCUCAGCAGAAAAAUGCCAAAAAGCAAGCUGGACAAAAGAAGAAACAAGGACAUGACCAAAAGGCUGCUGCCAAAGCUGCCUUAAUAUAUACCUGCACUGUCUGUAGGACACAAAUGCCAGACCCUAAAACCUUCAAGCAGCACUUUGAGAGCAAGCAUCCUAAGACUCCACUUCCUCCAGAAUUAGCUGACGUUCAGGCAUGAAGUUGUUUACAGGUGAAUUCAUGACACCUUUGACUCUUCUACUGUCUCAGACCUUAGGUAACAAACCUGCAGCUGCUUUUCUAACAAACUGUUGAUCAGCAAAAAUAAAGGGGCUACAGAAACACUCAUUUUUAUGCUGUUCCCUUUUGGGCUUCAUGCAAAGACAAUUCUGUGUAAAUGUACAGUUGACUCUGAUUUGGAAAUUGAAAAUCAGUCCAUCCUUGUUAUAAAAAAAUUUUUUUACAAUUGUAAUUAUAUUGAUGUUCAUAUUGUGUAAAAUAACUCAUUUAAUAAAGUAGUACUUUGAUUUUACAACAUCACAGGAUAAAUGGUUCUAGAAAUUCUGUUCUGACUUUCUACAUUAUUUGCCUUAUAAAAAUCUAAUGAAUUCAUCAGCUAGGAUUGUAAGCGCAAUUUUUAUUUUCCUUUCUCAGCUCAGUGGCAGGUUCGUUAGUUAAACUAGAGUAGACUCAUGCAUUAAAUCUGUGCACACAAUUUUAUGGGCAGCUGCUGACCUAGGUGAAGAAUGACUUACCUGCUGCCUUAGUAUAUUACAGUCAUGUGUCAUUUUCCUCUCUUCUUGUUUCCUGUGUUUGAGGUUGGAACAUUUCAACUUGCUGUGUGACUUGGCUAUACCUGCCAGCCAGGUAUAGCCUGGAGAUAACUGAUAAAUUCCUUAAAGUGGUUGGGUUCUCAGUGAGCCCUUCUGAAAAAUUAUGCUCUGAAGUAUAUGCCACAACGAAAUAAUCAGUAAGCCUAUUGUUUAAUAGAAAAUAUGAUGGAACAUACGUGAACUGGUGAAGAGCUAUCUUUUAUAAAUUAUACUACAUUCUUUGAAAAUUCUUCAAGUUUAUUUUGAAAUUGAAACUCAUAAUUUUCAAAGGAGUUUUUGGAAGUUACUAACAAGUUGGCCAAUUUAUGAAUGGAUUUUAUAUUAACAGAAAGAUUGGAAUGACUUGUGGCUGAGUUAAUUCCCAGAACCUUCUCUUCCCUUUCCUUUUUAAGUGAGUAGUUGAUUUUAGGAGUUUACCUUGUACUGGUUCCUAAAAUCAAAGGCUGUGGACAGUAUGACUUCCAUCUGAACUAGAAAAGUAUUAAAAUAGGCCAACAUCCACAUUCUUUUGUCUCUGAGGAUGAUGGGGAAGUGGGUUGGUUCCAAUGAAUGAGGUAAAUCCUGCCCAGUUAAAAAAGACUAAUUUUAGGGUUCUUCUAAUUUACUCUUGCCAACUAUUAACUCUACAAGUGAAACUGCUGUAACUCAGUUUAAAUUUUAAAGUUUAUAUACUAGGAAGAACACUCAUAUUUGCCAGUAAUCGCUUAGAGCCGCAGAUCUGAUCCUGUGGAUUACAAGAUGCCUUCCCUCUUUCUGCUGUAACUCACCACUGCAUUUGUCUUUGCAGCUGUGCAUAUUUCUGCCCACCUUGUUUGUCUUCACUGUAAGUUUAAGAUAUUCCCAAGGAAAGGCUUCAGUGGUGACUGUUUCUUAGUAACUCCUAUUACACUCUUGCUUUAAGAUAGUCAUUUUUUUCAUGUAUUUAAUUUUCCUAAAUUUCAGAAUUAAUAUCUGUUAAUUCCCAGUAUGUUGGUUACCAGAACGUUAGAAUUUGCCUGUUUACUUACAAUGGGUGUUACAGAAGUUCUGGUUAAAUUACAAUUUAAAGGUUUUUAAAAGUGCUUUGAGCAUAUGUAUGUUUAUGUUAGUAACAAACCAUUUAAAAACCUUUCACAAGUUUUAAUUUUUUUCAUUUGUUUUACUGACUGUAAAUCAGAAUAAAAGCUUUUUCUUGUAUUUACCCUCUUUCUAUAAGCAGCUGAAGACACCAUAUUUAACUCUAGAUCUCAGUGGUAGGGAAGUAGCUGCAAUGCUCUCGCAGAAGACAUAAUUCUCAUACUUUGUGUGAGGAUUAUUAGUGCAAUCCCCUUUUUUGUGUUUGGGUUAAAUCUGCUGUAAGGGAAAGAUUACUGUUUUUAAACAUCCUCAUUAUUUAUUUGAAGAUUCUUUAACAGAUCACAGCAAAAUUUGUUACAAAACUGUUAUGGUGUCUUCAAAGACUUGACAAAAUACACAGAGAGAAUUGCUCUGUUUGUGCUCUGUAUUUCCAUUAGUUGCCAAAAGGAAUGGGGUUAAGAUUAAACUUGUUUCCAUCCUCCUUCGUAUGAAUCUACAUCCCCAUGUUUAACUGACACACUUGGGGCUCAGUUGUGUGCUGUAAUGUCUUAUUAAAGAAGAUAUUAAAGAAAACUAAACUAGUCUAAUUUCUUCUACAUUUUAGGAGGUUUUUAUAUUGCCUCUUCCUGUUUUGUUUUUGUUUGUUUUUAAUUUCUCAACUUAGAAUUGUCUCUUGAGUGUAGAACUUGGUAGUUCUAAGGGUGGCAAGGUAUUUCUUUCAUUUCUCAAUGUUUUCCCUUCAGUCUGUCUGUUUUGGGUCUGUAGAAUCCUCUAAGAAUUAAAGGAAAAAACUUGCUCUGAAACCUUGCUAUAUUGAAUAAAUAGAAGUUUUUGGAAGGGGGAAUAAUUGGCUCUUAACUAAACCAAAAAAUGCUUAGAUCAGUUAAUUGAAUUGGAUAGAUUAAUCUUUAAAGACAUUGACUCAGAUUUGAGAUAGCACUUUUGGUUACUGUCUAGCUAAUUAAUCCCAUCAUAAUUGAAACUUGAAAUGUAUGUAGCAUGAAUAGGAUAGACCGCCAGCAGCACUGUUUUACCCCUCAAACCGUUGUUCUUCAUUUUUUUAAAUGUGUGGAAUAUAUAGUACAUGUUUUAAAAUGUGGAUAAUGUAGAGGCCUUUUUUAAUAAUACAGUGAUCAAGCACAGUCCAAACUAUAACUGAAAUACUAUAUUUUGUGAAUCUACAUUAAUUCAUUUGUGCUAGAUUUUUCAUUUUGGGGGUAGUGUUUGGUCUGCUUCAGUUUUGUUUGGAAAUACAUACUUUUUAGAGUGUAUAGCAACGAAGAUCAACACUAGGGGGUUGUGUUUACUGUGACUUUACAUUCUGAAAUCUUUCAAGCCAGCUUAAUUUUAUCUGUUGUAAAAGUUUCAGGAAAACCAAGUGCUUCCAAUGUGUAGAUUUAAUAAAGCAUCUAUCUACUUGGCUGAGAAAAUAGAUAUUUUAUUAACAAAA